AUGUCUGCAAAUCUCAAGCACCAAGCUGCCAGCGAAGCAACCUCAUUCGCAUUCAUAUGGCGUCAACUCUUCCAAUCCAUCCCCUCCAUCCCAAACAACGUGGACCUCUCUGGCCGAGUCGCUCUGAUUACUAGAUCCAACGCCGGCCUUGGCUUUGAAAGCGCCGGCCAAUUCCUUGCACUUAACCUUUCACAUUUAAUUCUUGCCGUUCGAUCUGAACCGAGAGGAGAUGCAGCAGCCAAGAAACUCCAGGCUGAGUUUGCCUCAGCACAGAUAGAUGUAUGGCUUGUUGAUAUGUCAUCCUAUGACUCAAUCAUGGCUUUUUCCAAACAGUGCGAGACAUUACCACGAUUAGCCAUCGCGAUCCUCAAUGCAGGUCUAAGCCAACUGACCUACACAAGGGCAGAGGAAACAGGUCACGAGAUCACCUUCCAAGUUAACUAUCUCUCGACAGCUCUUCUCGCCCUCGUUCUCAUUCCUAUUCUCAGAGAGAAACAUGGAAACACAUCACCAGCACGUCUAAGUCUUGUUGGCUCCGACACAUCAUAUUAUGCAAACUGGAAGGGCAGAGAUUCCGAGCCUAUCAUAGAAGUAAUGGAUAAUCCAGCCGCUUUUGACUCAUGGGAGGCCUACAAGACCACUAAGCUUUUGCUACUCCUGUUCGCGCUUAUUAUCAACGUGUCGAACCUCGGCGCAUGCAGCGGAACACAGUUUGGACAUGCGGAGCGCUCAAUGCUGGAAGAAGCGGUGCUAUAUGUGGCAUCAUUACUUCUUGGACGGACUGCUAUAGUUGGUGCCCGGCAGUAUGUGGAUGCUGUGACGGUUCAAGGCCCCGAGAGUCAUGGUAGCUUUGUUAGCGAGGGCAAAAUCAAGCCGUGA